AUGAGCGUGGGCGCGUGGGGCGGGGCGCUGGCGCUGGCGCUGGCGCUGUGGGCGCGCGGCGCGGCCGGCGGCUGCGGCGUGGCGCAGUUCGCGUGCCGCAGCGGCGCCUGCGUGCGCCUGGACGCGUUCUGCGACGGCGAGGCGCAGUGCGCGGACGGCAGCGACGAGCCGCCGCACUGCUCCGUGUGCAACCGCACGUACUACGGCCUCACCGGCGUGGCGUACGCGCUGGCGCUCCGCGGCGCCCCGCGAGCGCCCUUCCUGUGCCACCUCACGUUCACGGCGGGCGGCGCGGCGCACGGCGACCUCGUGCAGCUCGCCUUCGACGACUUCCGCGUGGGUCGCUACGAGCGCGGAGCGCUGGACGGCUGCCCGGACGGCUACAUGCAGCUGUCGGAGCUGGGCCGGCCCUUCACGGGCGGCUCGUGGUGCGGCUCGGCGGAGGGCGUCGCGCUCUACUACAGCGAGACAGCCACGGUCACCGUCUCGGUCAAGCUGUUCCGCACUCGCCUGGGCGAACCUUUCGGUUUCCGGCUCCGGUACAAGUUCCUCGCUCAGCGCGACGCUAUUGUGAGAUUCGGCGCCUUGGAGGCUCCGCUGGAGCGCGGCGCCGUGUCGCCGGGCACCUACUGCACGCGCACGUACGAGGAGUGCCACCGGAAAGCGUGUCGCUUGCAGAGCCCCAACUACCCCGGCAUGUAUCCGAGGAACGUGACGUGUUACUGGAGCCUGCGACAAAAGGACAUUCCCACUUGUAAACAUGCAAUGAUUUCCGUGCGCCAGGAGUACUCCCAUAAAAUGCAAAUCAAACGCUCCAUAUCUAUGGCCAGCUUGAACAAGACGGGUCGCGCGGUGCGCGCGUGGCGCGAGUGCACGGGCGAGCGCGACCGGCUGAUCUUCUACGACGGCGCGUCCACCGACGACCCCGUGCUGGUGGAGUACUGCGGCGGGGACUGGCUGCCGCCCGUGACGUCUCGCGGGCCCGAGAUGCUCGUGGCCUUCCACUCUUCGCCCUUCAGCGCGCCGCCGCGCGCCGCUGCCGCGCACGCCCCGCUGCGGGGCUUCGAGCUCGACGUCGAUGUCAUAUUCGCCGAUUCCGACUCCCUGGACUACGCUAGGGAAGCACGGCGAUGUGAGUUUCACGUGAAAGCUUCCUCGUCCGAGGAGGAGCUGAACGCGACGGCCUUGAACGUGAGAGGACGUCGCGGACGUCUACACGCUCCCACACACACCCUUCCCCCGAACACUUCUUGUACUUGGACGUUUCACGGACGACCAGGCGAUCUCGUUUGGGUUUACUUCUCGAGUUUCACACAUUACUCGUUAGUGGACGCGCGGCGAGCUGAGAGUAGCGAACGCGAGGAGGAGGGCGCGGCCACAGUGGGGCCUCGUUUGCCGCCCGAGUAUGCGCGCGGGGCGGACGCCAGCGGGGCGUGUGCCGUGGAGCUGCGCAUCUGGGACGGCGGCGGCGCCGGCGAGGCUGCGACGUUGCUCGGAAGAUACUGCGACUCGGCGCCGUCGCUGUGCGCGCGCGCCGCCUUGGCCAACGCCACGCGCUCGCCGCGGCCCUGUGCGCCGCCCGACGGCUACGUGUCGGGCUCGUCGCUGCUGUCGCUGGCGGCCACCACACUGCCCGGCACUGCCACGCACCCGCUCGCGUUCUCGAUGCACUACGAGUUCGUGGACUCUCGUCUUGAAGGUGUCGCGCUGCCGAUAUCGGAGAUUCGCGUGCGCGUCGAACCCAAGGAGUGCGCGAGGCGACUGACGAUGCCGGGGGCGUUCGAUUCUCCCCGCAACGCCCUGUGGUUCGGGCGCGGGGGCGCGCGGCGUCUGCGGUGCCUGUACCGCUUGCAGGCUGACGGCUCUCGUAUAGAGCUGCGUCUCCUGGCCGCCGCGUUCGGCCGCGCGCCGCGCUGCUCCACCCGUCUCGACCCGCUGACCGGCCGCUCGGCGUGCGUGCCCGAUCCCGUCGACCCGCUCGACAUGGGACCCAGCGACGCGCCUCUAGAUUUUGACGACGAUGAUACUCCACUACGAGUUCCACAUUUACGAAUUUAUGAAUCACCGUGGCCGGGAUACAGGGUGCCAGUGGGGUGUAUAUGUGACAAUGCGAGUGCGCCGUUAGCUAUGUCUUCGGGGGGUCCGGCUCUCGAGCUAGAGCUAGUGGCUUCGACGCUGGCCGCCGGCGAAGACCACCGGCACGUGCACUUCCGCGGGGAGUGGGCGCGUGCGCAGGCGCCGGCCAACUGCGCCGGGCGCCGCCGCCUGCCGCCUCCGGGGCAACACGUGCAUCUCGUCUACCCUUACAAUGGUAACAAAAUGUCGGAGUGUGGUGAAGCACCAUUCCUGGUGGCGGCGCGCGGCAACCGCUCCGUGUUCCUGCGCGUCUGGGGCGAGGAGCUCCCGGCCAGCGCGCCCACGUCCGACGCCCCGCUGUGCCCCACCGCCAACCGCGUGCUCGUCUACGACGCGCACUCGUCGCGGCUCGUGAAGGCGGUGUGCCCCGGCGGAGAGGAGGCGCGCGCGGUGCAGAUGUUCACGGAGGAGUGGUGGGCGCGCGGCGCGGGGCGCGAGGCGGCGCUGCUAGUGGUGUGGGCGGCGCGCGAGGCGGGCGCGGCGCGGCUGGCGUGGAUGGAGGUGUGGCGGCCGGCGGGCGCGGGGGCGGGCGCGGGCGGCGCCAACACGUCGGCGUGCGAGCACGCGUGCGGGGCGCUGGGCGCCUGCAUGGCGGGCGCGCUGGUGUGCGACGGGCGCGCCGACUGCCCGGGCGGCGCGGACGAGCAGGGCGCGUGCGGGGCGGGCGCGCGCCUGCUGGCGGCGCUGGGGGCGGGCGGCGCGGGCGCGGCGGGCGCGCUGGGCGGCGCGGCGGGCGCGGGCGCGCUGCUGCUGCUGGCGGCGCUGGCGCUGCGCCGGCGCCGCGCGCGCGGCAAGCGGCCGCUGGGCGCGCUGGCGGCCGGCCGGCGCCUCACCGAGGAGCUGCUGUACGACGCGUCGCGCGCCUCGUCCGUGUCCUCCUGACGUCGCGAGCGCUCCGUCGAGUACAUCCACGUGGACCGCGAGACCACGGUGUGACGGGGCGCCGCGCGAGUGAUUCCUUGACUGUUAACCUCAUCGUGUUCGCACUCGAGAUUGCCGAUUUCGAUAACGUCACUGCCGACGAGAUUAUCUUAGUGUAUUCGAAUACUUUAAACGAAGGCGAUCCCGCUUCAUGUAUUUUGUGUUCCGUGUUGUUUGCAAGUCAGAACGAGAACGAGCACGUAAACGUGAACCAGUGACUGCGGUGUAAAUAAUGUACAGACGUCCGCGGCGAGCAGCGCGCGCUCUGUUAAGCGGCUCUCGCGGAGAAUUCCGUUUCGUUGUUAUUAUUUUGUAUAUUCUACGAUGUUUUCGAUGAUCUGUCCCGUCCUUCGUUUUCACUGAGUUGUGGAUCGCUAACAUAUAAUUAUAUAGUUCGAAGUAAAAA